AUGGCCGAUCGUGAGAAACCCCAGAAAAAAGGCGGAAUCCUCAGUCGUCUACGCGAUACCAGUCACUCUCGAAAAAAAGAUGCCAAAUCGAAGGACGACAAAUCGGGCCGCCUCAGUACCGGAAAAGCGAACUGGCGUUCGUUCGACUCCGCCAGCGUGGAUGCCGCUUCUGAUGGAGCACCACCCACUGGGCAAAAAGAUGUCCUCGCAUCCGCCGACAUGCCUUCAUCUGGUCCUGGUCGGCAGUUGACGAUACGCAAAUCUUCGAUGAAAAAGAAGAAGAAAACUAAAGGUGAGUGUGCAUGGUUCAUCGACUUU